CCAAGCAAAUACAUUAUUAUGGCUGCAGAUUCUAUGGAAAUUGAUGAUGCUUUAUACAGUCGGCAAAGAUACGUUCUUGGAGACACAGCAAUGCAGAAGAUGGCUCAGUCACAUGUGUUCCUGAGUGGAAUGGGUGGGCUUGGAGUAGAAAUUGCUAAGAACAUAGUCCUUGCAGGAAUAAAGGCUCUCACCAUCCAUGACACUAAGCAAUGCACCACAUGGGAUUUAGGAACAAACUUUUUUGUUCAUGAAGAUGAUAUUCUAAAUCUGAGAAACAGAGCCGAGGCAACACGACAUCAUAUUGCAGAGCUGAACCCUUAUGUCCAGGUGACGUCAUCAACUGCACCACUGAAUGAAAUUACAGACAUCUCUUUCCUUGGACAAUAUCAGUGUGUCAUAGUAACCGAAAUGAAGCUGUCACUUCAGAAGAAGAUAAAUGAUUUUUGCCAUGCACAACAUCCACCUAUCAAGUUUAUAAGUGCAGAUGUGUAUGGGAUAUGGGCACGUCUGUUUUGUGACUUUGGUGAUGAAUUUGAAGUGCUCGACACCACAGGAGAGGAACCCAAAGAAAUCUUCAUUUCAAACAUAUCUCAGUCCAAUCCUGGUAUUGUCACCUGCCUUGAUAAUAAUCCUCACAAGCUGGAAACAGGACAGUUUGUAACUUUUCGGGAAAUUAAUGGAAUGACAUGUUUAAAUGGAUCCACACAUCAAGUAACUGUGCUAUCACCUUAUUCUUUUAGCAUUGGGAAUACUGCCAAUGUGGAACCUUACUUACAUGGUGGCAUAGCUGUCCAAGUAAAGACACCUAAAAUAUUUAAUUUUGAGCAGCUGGGGAAGCAGUUGGUUAACCCAAGAUGUCUUGUUGCUGACUUGAGCAAACCUGAGGCACCACUACAGAUUCACAUUGCCAUGCUUGCCUUGAAUCAAUUUCAGGAGAGUUUUGCUCGUAUGCCAAACAUUGGGUGCCUUCAGGAUGCUGGUGAGAUGGUGAAGAUAGCAUUGUCCUUAAGCAAAACACUGGAAGGAAAACCUCCUGUUAAUGAAGAUAUUGUGAAGUGGCUAUCAAGGACGGCUCGAGGAUCUUUGGCACCCCUCACAGCUGCACUUGGUGGUGUUGCCAGCCAAGAAGUCUUGAAAGCAGUGACAGGAAAAUUUUCUCCUUUGCAACAAUGGCUGUAUAUUGAUGCAUUAGAAUUGGUCACAUUUCUGGAGAAUGUCAGCAGUGAAGAAUUCUUUCCCAGAGGAGACAGAUAUGAUGCCUUGAGAGUCUGCAUUGGAGAUUCUUUGUGCCAGAAGCUGCAGAGUCUGAACGUUUUCUUGGUUGGCUGUGGUGCUAUAGGCUGUGAAAUGUUAAAAAAUUUUGCACUCCUUGGUGUUGGCACUGACCAAGGAAGAGGCAUGGUUACAAUUACAGAUCCUGAUUUAAUAGAAAAAUCAAACUUAAACAGGCAGUUUCUCUUUCGGCCACAUCACAUACAGAAGCCCAAAAGUUAUACUGCAGCAGCAGCAACACUUAACAUCAAUACUCAGAUGAAGAUCGACUCACAUCUUAACAAAGUGUCUCCAGCUACUGAAAAUAUAUACAAUGAUGAUUUCUACACUAAGCAAGAUAUAGUUGUAACUGCACUAGAUAAUGUUGAAGCAAGGAGGUACAUUGACAGCCGCUGCCUAGCAAACCUACGCCCUCUCUUGGACUCUGGAACCAUGGGAACAAAAGGUCAUACCGAAGUUAUCCUGCCUCAUCUGACAGAAUCAUACAACAGUCAUCGAGAUCCACCAGAAGAAGAAAUACCAUUUUGUACAUUAAAGUCUUUUCCAGCAGCCACUGAACACACAAUACAAUGGGCAAGAGACAAGUUUGAGAGUGCUUUUUCACACAAGCCUUCUCUAUUUAACAAGUUUUGGCAAACAUAUCCAUCAGCAGAAGAAGUAUUACAGAGAAUUAAGUCUGGAGAAAGUUUGGAGGGUUCUUUCCAAGUUAUCAAAUGUCUCAGUAGGAGACCAAGAAGAUGGGCCCAGUGUGUUGAAUUAGCAAGGUUAAAAUUUGAGAAGUAUUUCAAUCAUAAGGCCCUCCAGUUACUUCACUCCUUUCCCAUUGACACAAGAUUAAAAGAUGGUAGUUUGUUUUGGCAGUCACCAAAGAGGCCACCUUUUCCAAUACAAUUUGAUUUCAAUGAUCCUUUGAAGAAAACAGAUUUGAGUUAUUACAUGGAUAGCUUUGUCAUGGAUUUUUGUUUUGUGUUAGAUACCUCAGAAGAAACAAUUUUAAAGAUAAUUUCUGGGCUGAAGAUUCAUGAGUUUCGACCUUCUAAUAAGAUUGUACAGACAGAUGAAACAGUGAGGAAACCAGAUCCUAUUCCAGUAAGUAGUGAAGAUGAAAGGAAUGCUGUUAUUCAGUUGGAGACUGCCAUAUUGGCCAAUGAAGCUACAAAAAAUGACUUACAAAUGAAGGAACUUGCUUUUGAAAAGGAUGAUGACAGUAAUGGGCACAUUGACUUCAUAACAGCAGCUUCCAAUUUGCGAGCCAGAAUGUAUAACAUAGAGCCAGCAGACAGACUCAAAACAAAACGGAUUGCGGGAAAGAUUAUCCCUGCCAUUGCAACUUCUACAGCAGCCGUGUCUGGCUUGGUUGCAUUGGAAUUGAUCAAAGCAGUGGGUGGCUACCCCUUUCAAGCAUAUAAGAACUGCUUUUUCAAUCUGGCUAUUCCAAUAAUUGUUUUCACGGAAACAGCUGCAGUGAGAAAAACAGAAAUAAGAAAUGGGAUAUCUUUUACAAUCUGGGAUAGAUGGACUGUUUAUGGAAAAGAAGAUUUCACUCUCUUGGACUUCAUAAAUGCUGUCAAAGAAAAAUAUGGAAUUGAACCUACUAUGGUGGUUCAGGGAGUUAAAAUGCUGUAUGUCCCUGUAAUGCCAGGGCAUGUCAAACGACUAAAGCUGACGAUGCAAAAACUUGUGAAACCAGCAGCAAAUAAGAAGUAUGUGGACCUCACAGUGUCAUUUGCUCCAGAAACAGAUGGUGAAGAAGACUUGCCAGGACCACCAGUUAGAUACUAUUUUGCCCACGAAGAUAACUGAUGCAGGUAUACUGCUCUUGGUGUAGCAGGACUCCAUGGAAGUGCGGCACCAUAUUUUUAAAAUGGUACUAAAUAUUUGGUGAGGCCUUAAUUCAAAAACACACAGUGGACAUCAGUGAGUUCUAAGAAGCUCUUCCGCAAAUUGGAUUUGCAAUUUACCUGUCUGUAAUAUUUUCAUAGCAAUGUGUAGCUAAGGAAGAAAUGCAGCUUGCUGGAAAUUUGGGUUCUUUUUGAAGAAAUCAUACAUCUGCUGAUGUCUGCAGGAAGACUAGAAUAACAAGUAGAAAAUCUGUGUUAGAAAAACUGAUUUUUAGAUGAGAUGUCAAUUAAACUAUGGUGAAACUGCCCAUUGCACGACAUUCAGGCUUAUUUUUCCCACACUCUUUUUCCUCUGCUGUAUCUGAGGCAUAGGCCAGCAUUUUGGUGAUGAUCCACUGCAAUAGUAUAGCUUAUCCUUGUUUUUGUUGUCCUCUGAAGGAAAUUAACACUCCCAAAUAUGAAAAUAUUUCAAUGAAAUAUGGUCAGACUGAGAAGAAGCAAGAAUUAUGAUUUUUUUGUUUUCUCUGAAAAGCUUUUGUUCAUACUGAAGUAAAACAACGUGGACAAAAUCCAGCUUGAUAUCAAUCAUAAUUUAAAUCACAACUGUACAUGGAAGGGCAAUUGUACAGUGAUUUUCCCCCCUUGUGUAAUCACUUAUUUUUACGAUUGAGUGUUGGAGGGCAAAAGGCUUACACACAACUGAUAUGCAAUUGUAUUAGUAGGUAAGAUUCUGGCCCAUGAGGGGAAUGCCGAUUGUGUUGUAAACCUUUCUUUCCAUGAACAUAGUUUCUCAGAGCUGCUUUUUCAGAGAAGUUGGUUAAUUAUUCUUUGUAUGAAUAUUUCUUAAUACUUUGGUAUAAACCGAACAUACAGGUGUUGAGCAUUUAGCUGAAAUAUGCCAACUAUCAUAUCCUUCCUUCAGAGAUCUUUGAGGUUUGUGAUACUCUGACAGUUGCAUGAAUAUAUCAGCCAAACAGGGCAGGACUAUAUGCUUGGUGGCAGAACAGUGUAUUUGCAAAGUCUAAUCAUUACAAAACAUCCCUUCUGUUCAUGGAAAUUGUUAUUUCCUGUAUUCUCUACUUUCAUAACUAAGGAAGAAUCAGAUUUAAGCAUAGUUCUACAUUCCCAAGAUGCUUAAUUAUAUACCAGUACUAUUAUUUAUCUACUACUGUUGCUCUUUGUACAUAAAGCCCGGUAAUCUACAGUUUUUGAGAGUUUCACAGAUGGUACAUAAUCCUAUAUGAAUACUAGUAUGCUUAUGCCCAAAACAGAAGACUUGAAUGUGACCAGCUUUGUUUGGGUUAUGACCUGUUGUGUUUUUAUAUUGACCAUUUAUUUUAGAGUAUUCUUUCUCCUCUUGUUGUGGUUGGUUCUGUAAGGUAUUUUGACAAAACCUUCAUGUUUUAGUUGUCAUGGAUCUAAAAAUGAAACAGCUUAGAUAACUUAAUUUAAAUAGCCCAAUAUAAAAUGCAUUUUUGGAGAGGUAGGAGGGAAGUAAUUUUGCCCAUAGUGAAGCAGUGGUGCAGUACAAUUUCAUUGGUUCAUUUUUGCUUCUUAAUGUAGAUAACCCUGUAUGGGUAAGCUUCACCUUUACUUCAUUGCCCUGUUCCCUCCUCUUUUCUAGAGAAAAUGUACUUCCAACAGGUCUAGUACUCACAUGUUUAGCUCUUCAGAAAAAAAAAAAUACUUGCAGUGGUUUCAGACUGUGUUCCUAAAGUGCAACAUCCUAAAAAUUGUAGUUAUAUCAAUAUUUUUAAAUAACACAGUAAUUCAGUAUACAGUUUAUGACAACAAGAGAAGUUAUCUGUUUCCCAGUUUUUGUAGGCACUUGAGCACCAAAGAUGUAAUUAUUUUUUGAGCUGCAGUCCAUCUCAAAAUUAAUCCACUAUUUGGGAAUUAGUCUUAAAAAGUAGUCACUCUUUUUAUAUUUUAUUGUAUUUUCCUAAAUACAGAGUUUACAGUUAAUUAUAAUUUAAUACAUUUGAUAACUGGUUUAUUAAUUUAAUUUGUUUAAUAGGUGUUUUAAAGCAAUUAGGAGUAUAGAUACUCUGUGACAGUAGGAGAUGGAAGGGCACUGUGUGUAUUGCCAUGUUGGCAAUGGAGGCAUAUUGUUCAAUGACAUGGUAAUACCAAUGAUAUUUUUGAUUGAGUUGGUUUUAUCUUCUAGUUUGAAAUAGUUAUCGACUUGGCAGUCAACUGCGAACUCAAAAACACAGAGAGAAUAUGUACUAAUAAAACAAAGAUUGCUGUCAGGAAUUUCCACGGGGCUAUGAUGAGUGAUUUAUUUGUUUACUUAUUUUUUACAGUCAUGGUGUGAUCAUGUCUUGUGCCAGCACUUCUUAUUUUGUUUUAUUAGACUCGUCAGUGUUCAAAAGUAGCAACAAGACUGUCUUUGCAUUUGCAAAACUGCAUUUGAUGUCAUACAUCAGUAGACUUGAAACUGAAUAACUUUUUCCAGCAAGUCUUCCUUGCAGAGCUUAUUCUUUAGAAGUGUAGAGAACAGGAAGCAGUCCAAACAAAUUGUCUCCUACCUGUUGUUCAGCUGCUCAGUCUAUCUUGAGGAUUAUUCCACUCACGUAUGUGGUCUCAAAUAAAGAGUGCUUUCAGUUUAAACGAAAACAAACUACGAGGUCUCCGUGUAGUUCCACAAUUUGUGUUUAUCUCAGACUUAAUUUCAAUAUGUUUUGAAGGACUGAUUUUUAUUUCUUUACACAAAAUAUGAUGUAUAGCCUAAGCAGUUAUGAGAACUGCGUUUUGUCUUUUUCAUAUUAAAUAAUUUGAAAACAUACCA